GCCGAAACAAAGUAAGUGAUCACAGUGGAAGAGGAUUUCUAAGAUACAUCAGACUACCCACAAAUCAAGCUUUAAAGCAAAAAUGGGUUGUGAGGAUGAAUAGAGAUUCACGAUCAUGGCAACCCAGCCUUAGUACAAGAGUUUGUACUGAUCAUUUUUUCCUGGAUGACUUUCAAGAGGGUGAUUUGGAACGAUAUCAUGCUCGAGCCAAUCCUGAAACUCGCACAUUGAUUCGCUUGAAAGUCGAUAGUGUACCAAAUACAGAUCGAAGGACUGGUAGUUUCGCCAACCCCCUAGUCCAAACAAUGUCAAAACGACCACCUCCUAAAGAAAGAUUAGUUGAAAUGCAACCGGCAGGGUCAACUGAUGGCAUAGAUAUUGAGCAGGAUACAACCAACGAAUCCUGUUCUAACAUUGAACCUGAUUCUUUUUGGGAGAUCGACGAGCUUUACUUCUCAGAAACUGACAGUGAAGAUAGCCAACCUACUGAUGAAGUUGAUGAUGAUGACUUUGACACGGGUUUACAUAAUGAAGAUAUCAACUCUUCAUUUUCCGAAGAAGGUGACUUUAUAGAGCUGGAUGAUCUUGAACUGGAUGACCUCACGGACGAUGAUGAGCCAGUUAUUGAUGAAAGCGUAGAAUCAUUCACAACAAACGCUUGUUGGGCCAUUAUAAGCGUGCCCUUACUACUAUCCCUAUUUAAAUUCUGUCCCGAAUGCGGAGCCCGGUCAGUCAUCAAGAGGAUAAACUGUGCUGGAUUUGGCAUAGUGGUCAAUUACAGGUGUUAUGGUAUUCUGCCUCACGAAGGAGUCUGGAGAAGCUCACGCCUGAGACAGAAAAAGUAUGAGUGCAACCUUGUAGUUUCUGCUGCAGCUUUUUUGUGUGGGAUGAGUUAUAGUGUUUUAGAAUCGUUCAUGACUUGUUUAUCUGUUCCAUACAUAACAUGCUCAAGUUUCUAUAAAAACAACACGACCAAUCUAUACCCUAUAAUCGUCGACCAAUGGACGUCUAUGAGGACAGCUUUGCUAGAGAGUCGCAGUCAGUUGGAACACGUUGACAUCGCAGGAGAUGGGCACUUCGACUCGCCCGGUUGGUGUGCGAAGUUUUGCACUUAUAGCAUUCUAGAUAUCAAGACAGGUGCUAUUCUUGACUUUUUCGUCGCCCAAAAGGGGAUGUACAGAGGCGACCUGGAAACGUUUGCGUGCAAGGAAGUCCUACUCAACCUUGUUAGCCAAGGGCUGAAAGUCCGACACUUCGUGACCGAUGAGAAUACGAGGAUUGCAAAGCUGAUGAGGACCUUCUUUACCAGUAUUACUCACAACUAUGAUAUUUGGCACAAAGCGAGGCUGGUGAAAAGAAAGCUCAUGGAAAUGUCUAAAAAACUACCAAAGCUGUCGGAGUUUGUUGCCCCUAUCGUCAAUCAUUUCUGGUAUAGCUGUAAGAAAUGUGCAGGGGACCCGAAAGAGUUAGUGGAAAGGGUUCAUUCGACUUUACUGCACAUUAGUAACCAUCACGCCUGGACAGCCGAUCCCUUCGAGCCUCUAAAACUACAACUGCAGAAAGAACGGAAUGAAAAAAGAAAGAAGCAAAUUGUUUUGACCUCUGAAAAGCUAUAUCCUUACUUUCAUAAAGUGAAGCACUGCGAUCACUCUUCAAGGGUAAAACACAGGACGCUACAGGGGCUAAAGUGGUUUAAAAUAGAAAGUGAAGAAUUCACCUCUUUAUUCAAGUACUUCACCAGCACCCGCUUCAUAAGUUCCAUCCAGUUGUGUUGUAACUUUCUACACACAGGGGCUUUGGAAGUUUAUCACAAUGUGAGACUAAAGCUCUUGCCUAAACGGACUUCCUAUUCCCUAAACAGAAUGGUAGUGGGCUCUAUGGUUAUUGCUAUAGAAAUCAAUAAGAACUUAACCAGCAACAGAAAAGAAUUUUGGUCCUAUUCUAAGAGCCAAAAGAAAUAUGUAAGCAAAAGCAGAGUCAUCAACAAGGACUACUCUUACAGAAAAGAUAUCUUGCAAGGAAUGUGGGACUAUGUUGGAGAGGGAAAAGAGCCCCGCAGUAUAGCCACCAUGCUCAAGGAAAGUCAGUACGUGAAAAGAACAAUUCCUAAGAAUAUCACGGGACUAAAAAUUCCAAAAAAGUCAACUUUGCUUGACCGAUCUAGAUUUUGAUUGGAAUAGUUUUGUUUUAUUUGUUAGAGUGACCUCUAGUGGAAAAUACGCUGGAUUUAGUAAUUCAAUGGAUAAUAUAUAAUGAUUUUACAGUCAGGGUAGUUUUGCACAUAAAACGCGUAGAAUUUGUGCAAUCAUGACACAUUCGUUUUAACCGGUAAUACUGAGCACUAGUAGUUUGUUAUUGUUAACACGAUUAGUUAUUUAAAUAUGCCAUCUCUUAUCACUAGUUACAAGUUAUAAUAUCGCCAGUUAUUUUAGUAUUUUGAGUCACAUUCAAUUCUUCAAUACUCGAACGAUGUUACCGUUCUAGAUUUUGAAUUGAAUAGUUUUUUAUUUGUUAGAGUGACCUCUUGUGUAGAUUGACUUUUAUUUCAUCGCCAGUGUAGUGUUUUCAGUCCACCACGUUUAAUACU